UCCCUGGCAUAGGAGAAGUGGGAUCAGAAGUAGGCGGGGCUCUCCCUUCUCCCUCUCUCUCUCUCUCGCACAUUGGCGUUCACUGGCAGGAAGAGGAGAUGGGAAGGCUGGCUGUGGCGGUGGUGGUAGCACUGUGGGCUGUCCCUUUCUCCUUUAUGGUCAAUCGCAUCGUCCCUGAGCCUUACAUGGACGAGGUGUUUCACGUGCCACAAGCCCAAGAAUACUGCAGAUUCAAUUUUAGGAGUUGGAAUUCCAUGAUCACGACUCCUCCUGGCCUGUAUUGCUUGUCACUUGGACAUAUUGCUACUAUAUUUCCAGGCUUCUGGUGGACUGGAGCAGUUUCAUCAUAUUCAGAGUUAUGUUCAGCUGCAGUUCUUCGUUCCAUCAAUUGCGCAUUGGCAGUAAUUUGUGCUGUGCUAUUCUAUGACAUAGUUGUGCACACAAGGCCAGGUCUUAAUCAAGGGAGAGCAACUUUAUUUGCUGUGGUUUUAGCCUUAUACCCUCUUCACUGGUUCUUCACUUAUCUUUACUACACAGACAUAGCUUCCACAACCGCAGUAAUGGCCAUGUAUCUAUCUUGUUUGAAGAGAUCAUAUUGGUUAAGCGCACUGCUAGGUGGAAUUGCUAUAACUAUUCGCCAAACGAACGUGAUAUGGAUGUUGUUUGUUGCAUGUCUUGGGACUAUUGAUUAUGUGGGGCUUCUGAAAGGGAAUGGACCUAGACCAUCAAUUGGUUCCACUUCUUCAGUUAACAAAAAUGAGGAACUGGCUAAUGUAAAGAAUGCAUCAGUAAGCAGCAAUUUGAGAAAACGAAGGAAGGGAAACUUCACAUAUGCUGCUGCAGGUUCUUGCUUGAUGUAUGGAAAUUCAAGUCAAGCUCCAGGGUCUGGGUUCCUUGAUGAAGUCCGCACUAUCAUUUGUAGACUCUGGUACCUGAAGUUUGAGAUACUAAUUUCAUUCCUCCUGUAUCUUAUUGUCUUCUUGACAUUUGUUGCUUUUGUUCUAUGGAAUGGAGGCAUUGUUCUUGGUGCAAAGGAUGCUCAUGUAGUUUCGCCACACCUCAUGCAGAUACUAUAUUUUGGAUUGGUCUCUGCUGCUGCCAUGGGUUCAACACAUUUCAGUCUGGGCCAAGUUCUGGCUAUUUACGAAUUUUUCUCAAAGAGAAAAUUAUCUAGUUUCCUAGUUCUGUUUUUGGGGCUUAUCUCGGUGCAUUUUUUCAGUAUAGCACAUCCCUAUCUUCUUGCAGAUAACCGGCAUUAUCCAUUUUAUAUAUGGAGGAAAAUUAUUCAAGUACACUGGUUGAUGAAAUACCUUCUGGUGCCAUUUUAUGUUUACUCAUGGUUUUCCAUCUUCAAUGUCCUAGGAAAAUCACAAAAGACAAUCUGCAUCCUGUUGUAUUUCUUUGCUUGUGCAGCAGUUCUCAUACCCACACCACUGAUCGAGUUCAGAUAUUACACCAUCCCAUUUUAUUUCUUGGUCUUCCAAUCUCCUAUAGGUGACAACAAAAGCUGGUAUAUCAUGGGUUUGCAAUAUGUUGUGGUCAACUUGUUCACAAUUUGGAUGUUCUUGUUCCAGCCUUUUCAUUGGGAUCAUGAACCUGGAAUCCAAAGGUUCAUGUGGUAGGGAUUAGAAUCCUUUUAGUUACACAGGUUUCAUCAACCAAGGAAAAUCACAUUUCUUAUGGGAAGGCAUCAAACCAGAACAUGAUACACGGGCUUCAUAGGACAGGAAAAGUGCCUGCGUCUUUGGUGAUUCGGCUGAGACUCCAUGUCAUGCUCCUUUUCAGGGAACUUGGAAUCUGCGUUCUUUAUUUGGAAUUUCAUUUUCUGGUCCCCAAUUCAGGCUCCAUCUGAAAGAAUGCUGUAAUUAUUAGAGCUCCAUCCUGGCGUUCGUAGCUUAUUGUCAUCUUGGAGGUUGGCAAUCAAAUGCUGUUUAUUUUACUAAACACUGUCAUGCUGUUCAUUUACUAAAUACUGAAUCAUCAGCUCACAAUGUUGACCAGUAAAUUCUUCCAUGUUCUCCAGAUCGUGGAAAAUUGGCUCCCUGUUGACUAGCAAAGCAAUUGAGAUGCAUUCUUUGGUUGCAAAA